CCAGUUAAAGUGAGUCACUGGGAGCAGUGGGAGGGCUCAGGAGUUUGGAGGAGGGAGGAGAGAGAGAGAGAGAGAGAGAGAGUCACAUCCACUCCGCUCUCUUGUGCAACACAGGAAACUUCUCCAAAUCACUCCGGACCUUUUCGAACUCGGAUUAAAUCCUAAAACAAUCGGAUGAAUCUGCUGGUGAAGGGAUGAUCGGGUGAUCUACUCAGGAUUUAGUGAUCUACUCAGACAGAGGAGGGAUCAGAGUGGAUCAUGGAGCGACUCUGUGCGCGUUUCUCUGCGCGCUGGUGUUUGGAUGUUUGAGCGCAGGACCUGGUCGGAUUUUGGGGCUGCUGGGUUGGGUGUGUAGCGUGUGUGUGUGUGUGUGUGUGUGUGUGUGUGUGUGUGUAUAGGAUCUGUACAGGAUGGCAGCGCUCCUCGUGUUGCUGUGUGUGACUGUGAGUGUGUGUGGAAGUGUGUGUGGAACCGCGUGGACCGGACAGCAGCGCUACAGCCUUUACGCAGGGAGUAGGGAGCAUGGGGACGCCGACCGACCCGCCAGCAGACACAGGAACUGGUGUGCGUACGUGGUGACCAAGACGGUGAGCUGUGUGGUGGAGGACGGAGUGGAGACCUACGUGAAGCCCGAAUAUCAGCCGUGUUCCUGGGGAGUACAAUGCGCCCGCGUCCUAAUGUAUCGGACGUACAUGCGGCCCAAGUACAGGGUGGCAUACAAAAUGGUAACGGAGAUGGAGUGGCGGUGUUGCCAUGGUUACAGCGGAGAGGACUGUAACGAAGGAGGGACCACCACCACUCAGAUUUCUACAGUCAGACCCCGGCCCAAACCCUCCAACCCAGGACACACGGGACAGGGACAGAACGGAGGGAGUGGGAGAGUCGACAGUGACAAGACCAAACAGCUGGAGGACAAAAUCCAGCGUCUGACCAAAGAACUUCAGGACGUUCAGAAAACCAUCAAUGGAAUGAACGACCGAUUUCAGAAGGAGGUGAUAAAGCCUGGAGUGAGCGGCGAAGGGACGCCGGCUGACGCUGCUCAGCCCGAAAUGAAGGAGACCAUCCACAGCAUCCAGACCAAACUGGACCAGCUGGACAACCGGACCCAGGCUCACGACAGAACCCUGGAUAACAUCAACAACCACCUGGUGAACGGGCGAGGAGGAAACGAUCUGGACAGCGACGUCGGCAGGAAGAUCCUGCAGGAGCUGGAGCGGCGGGUUUUACUCUCCUGCGCGGCCUGCAAGGACGGAGUGGAAGACCUGAGGAGGCAGCAGCAGAGGGACCGAGAGAGGAUCUCAGCCCUGGAGAAGAAGAUCAACGAGAUGGAACAGCGAAACCGCCUGGUCGUGGACGGCUUGCGUCGGGAUUUGAGUCGGACGCAGACCUGCUGUGAUAAGGUCAAAGAACUCGAGACGAGGAUCAGCGACGUGGACAAGAGGGUCACUUCAACGUCUGAGACGUGCACCAGCAUUGAGGAUCGCCUGGACAAGGUCAUCCAAGGAACCGGAGGUGUUGGGAACACGGAAGGAUUUGGAGGCGUGGGAGAAACCGGAGGAGCAGAAGGAGGAUCAGGGAUACCAGGAAACACCUUAAAUAGGUAUCUGGAGGACCUUGAGAGACGCCUCAACAGCACUGUGGAGAGAGCAGAAGAAAACUGUUCUUAUAUGAAAAACAAUUUGAAGGAUUUGGUCCAAACCGGGUUGACAGACCUUCAGAAAGAGGUCGCUACCCGCGACAACGAUCAAGGUGACAGACUUAGCGCUGUUGAGUACGACAUCGGGAAGGUAAAGGAAAGCGUAUUUGAUCUCGACAAGCGAUUGACUCGACUGGAGAACGUCACAUCUUUUAUGGACAGGAAGAUAAACGAAUGCUCAUUGUGUUCAGGAUCUAGAAGACCCUCAGGAGAAGGUGGCAUCAGACCCACUGCUGGUCCUGACACUGGAACGGGUAAAGAUACCGAAAAGUCCUUGGAGUGGAGAGUCAUCGCAAACGAGGAUGAGAUUAGAAGGUUUGACACAAGGCUCAAAGUUCUCUCAGUGUCUGGAGACUCCAUACUGGAUAAAGUGAUCACCAUCAGCCAAGAUGUGGACAAGAUCAAAGUGGUUACUGGUGAGGACGGAGAACAUAUCACACGCAUUUUUACAGAGGUUGAGAACUGUCAAACUGACUUUUGUAGGACAGUCCAGGAUGAUCUGAGAAAGCUCAAGAACCUCACCAAUCAUGCAAUGGACAAGUGUCAGGCAGACAUAAACUCCCUAAAGGUCAAAGUCAACUCAGGCUGCUCAGACGUCUGCAUCAUCCUUCAGGAGGAGGUGGGUAAACUGAAAGAAGACGUGCAAAAGUGCAAGAUUGGUCUGGAGACCCCAACAGGACCUGGGGCUGGGACUGGACCCAGAGACCUGGAUGAACCUGAGAAGUCUCUUGACGGCCACAGCGUAGUUAGCAGCAAUAACGCCAACCUCAGGUCCAUUCAAGGUGAGCUAUCUCGUGUGAUUUUGACCUUCAGCUCCAUCAACGACACCCUCAAAGGUUUGGAGCACAGCGUCCAGAAACACGACAGCGUCAUCACAGACCUGGGCAACACCAAGGACAAGAUCAUCUCUGAAAUCGACAAAAUCCAGCAGGAAGUGACCGAGCACAUCGAGGACAGCAGGGUGCGCUUCGACAACAUCAACCAAGACAUCAAACGAUUCGGAAGUAACCUUGUGGUGGAGAUGGGCGACUGCAAGAGAACAGGCGACGGUCUUGACAAGAGGAUCGCCAAACUGGAAGGCGUCUGCGGUCGUCUGGAUUCCGUGUCUGAAAACCUCCAGAAGAUCAAAGAUGGACUUAACAAACACGUGUCCGGUCUUUGGAACUGUGUAAGUGGGCUGAACAACACGGUGAUCCACCACAGCAGCUUCAUCGACACCAUGGAGAGCACACAUCUGGACGGCAUUCACGGCAAGAUCAAGCAGCUUAAUUCCUCCAUGCAGCAUCUUCUUAAGGAGUUCAGCAGCGUUACGGAGCAGGACUUCACAGGUCUGCCGGGACCACCAGGUCCUCUGGGUCCCAAGGGAGAUAGAGGAGAGCAGGGAUAUACAGGACUACCAGGACUUCCUGGACCACAAGGACCACCAGGAGCAGAGGGACACAAAGGUCCUCCAGGUCUCAGAGGAGAACAAGGUCUGUCGGGGCUGGAUGUUCACGUUCAUCAGGUCUCCUUCUCAGCUGCACUCACUAAACCCAUAACUUCACCCGGGACCAUAGUGUUCGAUAAGAUCUUCGUAAAUAAAGGAGAUUACUACAAUCCAAGCACAGGGAUCUUCACGGCUCCUCUGAGUGGACACUACUUCUUCAGUGCCGUUCUGACCGGACAUAAAAACGAGAAGAUCGAGGCGGUCCUGUCUAAGUCCAACUACGGCAUGGCACGGGUCGACUCGGCCGGCUACAAGCCCGAAGGUCUGGAGAACAAGCCUGUGGCGGAGACCAAACCCACCCCAGGGUCUCUGGCGGUGUUCAACAUCAUCCUGCCGCUGCUGAUGGACGACACGGUGUGCGUGGACCUGGUGAUGGGUAAACUCGCCCAUUCUGUAGAACCUCUCACCAUCUUCAGUGGAGCGCUGCUUUAUGAGGACUACACAACCUGAACACAGACGCGCGUGGAGACGCUCAUGGACGUUUCUCUGCAUGGUUGAGAACUCCUACAUGUGGAGGUGAAGCUGAAACUGAGGAACAUUGUGCUCGUGAUUAUUACAGUAUUUACUCUUUUCCUUCCAGAGAUGUGUUUUUACACAAACUACUGCGUUUUUAUUCUUUUAUUAUUGUGGUAAACGUUUCAUGUGAAACACACGCGUGUGGAACCGUUUCUCAUGCUUGAGUUGAAGUUCCAGUAUAAAAGUAGAAGAUUUCCUUCUGAUGUGCUGAUAUAUUGCAACAUUCAACAUUACAAUAACAAUAAUAAUGGUAUCAGCUUCGUGAUAUUAUGACAUCACAAUAUUUUCAGCUUGGUCUACGAUGGUGUGAAAAGGUAACCGUCCCCAGAACUGCUUUCUUUUUUUAUAGCAGCGUUCCUGCAGGAACUUUACAGUGAUCGAUUGAUUGAUUGAUUGAUUGAUUAGUGACAUUUAUAAUCUACAGAGCUGUUGAAAUAAAAUUUGGCAUGAACAAGGACACAACCACUUAUUUACACCUCUGUACACAAGAGAAGUGACCGUAUCUUUGUGGACGCUAUUCCACGACAAUGAUAUUGUGAUAUAUUAUGUACAUGAUUAUCAGCCUUGCCUCGUUCUUACCUGCCAAAGUGUUACUGUGUGUGUUUGUGUGUUUAAAAGAAUUAUUUUAUGAAUAUUCUUCUUGUGAAUCCUCUGAAUGUUUUACUGCCCUCCUGUUUGAACAUGAUGCUAAGAUAUUUAUGCACGGACAGAAUUAAUCACAUUUAAAGCUAUCUCAGCGGUCGUGGGCAUGGGCAUCGAUCGCUGCGCCACCCGAGCCAGAGACAGUCAGAUGUGGCAGCUCAUUUAAGCGUUUACAGACGAUAUGCAUAUGUAAGAGCUGAUCUAAUAAUGAGUAUUUCCUCUCAACAUGGAUCGACCUCAGGUUCCUAAAAUGAGCAUUAGCAUUAGCAAUAGUGUUAAGAACUUUGGAUCAUCCAUCAGAGCAUGUGAAUUAGCUUUUAAGUGCCAAUAAAUAACAUUAGCAUUAGCAGUGCACACAAAGAGACCAAAAGGAAACAAAAAGGACAUUUUACCAAAUAUCCACUUUUAUUUAAUCUGACUAGACAUUGAAUAUUAAAAAUGAGAUUUAUUAUGAAGCUAAUGCUAAUCUUUUGUCUCGUCAGUGGAGUGUUUAUGAGACGAUGCAUAGCAGAUACUUUACCUCACCAUACAUCAACUUUAAAGCUUCUAUCAAGAGAAUUAGCAUUAGAAUUACAAAUAAAGGCUGAUUUUAAUGACCUGAGCAAACCAAAGUGCAAGAAAUUAUAAAUACCACUGUGAAGUGCUUUCUGAAGAAUUAGCAUUAGCACUAGCAUUAAAAAUAAAGAGCGAUAGAAAGAUCUCUUGUGAAGGUUUUGUUUUAAAAAUAUUAAAAAAUUGGAUUUAUUUAUUUGAUUUGCAAAGCUAAUGCUAAUACCGUACAUCAAUAAUAGGCUGGUCUGGUCUGAUGGUUUUGGAUGCUGGUCAAAGUGUUUUACAGGAGAAAGUACAAGAUAUUUAAGUCUUUACAAAUACUGUUAGCAUUAGCAUUAGCAUUCUGUUGUGACCCAGUGCAGCUUUAAAAACAUCACAACAGCAGAAAGAGCCAAAGAAAUUCUACAUAACGUUUCUUACACAGAUAAACAGUGUAUAAAUGAUUUUAUUUCAUAUUCAACUGAACUUUUAAAUGACAGAUGAAUUUUAUUCCUUCUGGUGCAGCAGAAUUUCUUCGUCUUUAUGAACUAUGUAAGUUUUCUAUCACGCUGCUCUGAAGAUUUUCUAUUAUAGACUAAACUCUUUUUACUUUAUAAAUAAAAUAUGAUGAAUGAUGAGAUGUGAAUCUGUGAUUGUGAACGUGGAGGUUUGCAGCAUGUCUUUAAAAUAAAGAUAUUUAAUUUUA